CGUAAGACCAAGUGAAGGUGUGGUCAUUUGGAUCAGCAUCAUGUUAAAGUUGAGUCCGUUCAGCUCUGUUCUCACGUAUACUCCUGUUUUUAGUUAAAGCUGAAGUCUUCCAUCCUCAUGUCAAUCAUGCCAACAGAAGGCUGCGCUACGCCUCGUCUUUGCUCUCCUCGGAUCUGAUUCAUUUGGGGUUUCCGAUUGUCCCUUUUACGCACGAAGUCACCACCAGCACGGAGUUCCGGCGUGAUUGUUUUAUAUCCAAUCUGACUGUCUGAUCUUGUUGGACACAUAUAUCCAGUCUCAUCGAUGCGCUUUCCAUAUCAAUUGGUUCUUCUGCAUGGAUAAAACACGACCGGCCUUCUUCAUCUUGAAUAAUUCUGGAGAAGACGCGUAAAAGGUUCGCAGUCCAGCCAUGGCCAUGGUGGUGAGCGUGUGGAGAGAUCCGCAGGAGGAACUGGCACCGGCAGGAUCUCUGGAUGAUCAGAGCGGACCGGGGGGAGACCACCACAAUCACCACCGCAUGAGCGCAGCCGCGCACUCUCCAAACACCGGACUGCCUUCCGCGGAGGAUAAAGGACAGAACUCAGCGCAGAACCAGCAGCACAUUGAAUGCGUGGUUUGCGGGGAUAAAUCCAGCGGGAAGCAUUACGGACAGUUCACCUGUGAGGGAUGCAAAAGUUUCUUCAAGCGGAGCGUUCGGCGGAACUUAACCUACACGUGCCGUGCUAACAGAAGCUGCCCCGUGGACCAGCACCACAGGAACCAGUGCCAGUACUGCCGCCUGAAGAAAUGCCUAAAAGUGGGCAUGAGACGCGAAGCGGUUCAGCGAGGAAGAAUGCCGCCGAACCAUCCAAACCCGAGCCAUUACGCGCUGACCAAUGCAGAUCCGCUGAAUGGCCAAUGCUACCUAUCCGGAUACAUAUCUCUCCUGCUUCGGGCCGAGCCAUAUCCAGCCUCCAGAUAUGGAAACCAGUGCAUGCAGUCGGGUAACAUCAUGGGCAUUGAAAACAUCUGCGAGCUGGCGGCCCGUUUGCUCUUCAGCGCGGUGGAAUGGGCCAGGAACAUCCCUUUCUUUCCUGAUCUCCAAAUCACGGAUCAGGUGUCUCUUCUGAGACUCACCUGGAGCGAACUUUUCGUGCUGAACGCUGCGCAGUGUUCCAUGCCUCUCCACGUGGCUCCUCUCCUCGCCGCCGCUGGGCUUCACGCGUCCCCGAUGUCCGCGGACCGGGUCGUGGCCUUCAUGGAUCAUAUCCGAUUCUUCCAGGAGCAGGUGGAGAAACUGAAGGCCCUGCAGGUGGACUCCGCCGAAUACAGCUGUGCCAAAGCAAUAGUGCUGUUCACAUCAGAUGCAUGCGGCCUUUCAGACGUGCCGCACAUAGAAGGUCUUCAGGAGAAAUCUCAGUGUGCUCUGGAGGAGUAUGUGAGGAGUCAGUACCCGAACCAGCCCACACGCUUCGGCAAGCUUCUGCUGAGACUCCCCGCGCUCCGGAUGGUGUCCUCCUCCGUCAUAGAACAGAUUUUCUUCGUUCGACUUGUGGGUAAAACGCCCAUUGAGACGCUCAUCAGGGAUAUGCUGCUAUCUGGGAGCAGUUUCAACUGGCCUUACAUGUCAAUUCAGUGAGAGGAAGAUGAAGAUGGGGACAUUUGGUGAGCAUUU